UGGACAUGGAGCAUACAAGCUACAAACUAAAGAUGGACGCGAAAUCAACAACAACUGGAAUGCUAUCCACUUAAAACAAUAUCACUUUUAACUCAAUCUAGUCUCCUUUCAUCAAUGAUCUCACGAGAUCUUCAUUCAAGCAACAUACUAACACUGUCAUGCAGGAAGUGUCAGAACUACAUUUGGGCUUGAUCCCUGCAAAUGGUAUGUAGGCAGCUCCACGGAGCGCAGCCCCCUAUCACAACCAUUUUUUUCUACAUAUACUACGAACAUAUCAAUAACAAAUCUAAGUACAAAUUGACUAAGUAACUUUAUACUUAGAUUGGGGGGAAUAAGAUACUAAUACUCCAUAAGUCAUACAACCAAUCAACAUCCGAUACAACAACUUAUAGAACGCUAACAUAAGCUACAACCAGUCAGGAUACAAAAAAAAAAAAAUUAGAAAAAGUCUCGUGUUUACAAUACUACAUAAGAAAAAGUCCAUACAACAGCUAAAAAUACAUAAGAUGGGAUAAACUCAGUCAUCCCCCAACAGAGAACUUGAACAAAAGGAGGAGUCAGUCAUCAGCAACUAGGUCAUGAGUAGUCAUGACGCCAAAAGAAGUGGCUAACUCUUCAGCCUGGGCCGUCUCGAAUCCUUUACAAUCCGAGGAGUUCAGAAGACAAGGCCACAUGGUAAUCGACUUCAUAGCAGACUACUACAAGAACAUCGAAACAUACCCUGUUCUAAGCAGGGUCGAACCGGGUUAUCUCCGAAAACGGUUACCCGAAUCCGCUCCAAAAAUUCCGGAACCCAUCGAAACCAUCCUCAAAGACGUGAAUGAGCACAUAAUUCCGGGCUUAACCCAUUGGCAAAGCCCCAGCCACUUUGCUCUCUUCCCCUCCAGUGGCAGCACCGCCGGGUUCCUUGGUGAAACUCUAGCCGCGGGACUAAACGUCGUCGGGCUCAACUGGGUCUCAUCUCCCGCUGCCACCGAGCUGGAGACCAUAGUCAUGGACUGGCUCGGAGAAAUGCUCAAACUCCCUAAGUCCUUCCUCUUCUCCGGCACCGGUGGUGGCGUUCUGCAGGGGACCACAUGUGAGGCCAUAAUUUGCACCCUCGUGGCGGCGAGGGAUCGAAAACUUAACGCAGUUGGACGAGAAAAUAUUGGAAAGCUUGUCGUUUACGGGUCGGAUCAAACCCACAGUGCAUUCCAAAAGGCCUCAAGGAUCACUGGGAUCCAUCCGGACAACUGCCGGAUCAUCGAGACAAGUAAAAAGACCUCUUUUUCCAUGUCGUCUGAGAAUCUACGGCGAAAGAUUAUUACCGAUGUCGAAGCCGGGUUGGUACCGCUCUUUGUUUGCGCCACGGUGGGGACGACAGCAACCACAGGCGUUGAUCCUCUAGGGGCGAUAUCAGACGUUGCGAAAGAUUACGGCAUGUGGGUUCACGUCGACGCUGCCUAUGCCGGAAGUGUGUGCAUUUGUCCAGAGUUCCGGCAUUUCAUCGACGGCGUUGAGGGCGUGAACUCGUUCAGCUUCAACGCCCACAAGUGGUUCUUCACCACACUCGACUGCUGCUGCCUAUGGGUGAAAGACCCGAAUGCUUUAACGAAAUCCCUAUCGACUAGCCCGGAGUUUUUGAAGAACAAGGCAACCGAGUCAAAAAUGGUUGUUGAUUAUAAGGACUGGCAGAUAACCCUAAGCCGGAGGUUCCGAUCCCUUAAACUCUGGCUCGUUCUUCGUAGCUACGGUGUCGAAAGACUCCAAGCAUUUCUCCGAAGCCAUGUGAAGAUGGCGAAACAGUUCGAAGGUCUUUUAGCCUCGGACGACAGGUUUGAGCUUGUCGUUCCGAGAAACUUUUCUUUGGUCUGUUUCAGGGUUUCUCCAUUGGCAAUCAGUAAAUUUAAACUUAUUAUUACUACUAAUUAUUUACAUAAGAUCGAAAACGAGAACGAGAACGAGAACGACGUCGUUCGUAAGGAAGAGCAUUGUGUUAUUAAUGGUAACGUAGAUUUUCGUGAAACAUGCAUAAACGAGGUCAACAAAGAGUUGUUGGAUUCGAUAAACGGGUCGGGUCGGGUGUACAUGAGCCACUGCAUCGUGGGUGACGUGUUUGCUCUCCGUUUGGCUGUUGGUUCAACCUUGACGGAGGAGUCUCACAUUGUUAGGGCUUGGGAGGUCGUGAAAGAGCAUGCAGACGCAAUUCUAGCUAAUUAUAAUAACUAG